AUGGCACGUGAAGCACCGCCGGGCGUCCCGCCCGAAGUCAUGCAAGUGCUCGAGCUCUUCUUCGACAGCGGGAUCUUCCCCAUCCUCAUGCUGGCCCUCUUCGCUUACAAGCUGCUGCCGUCGACCGACCCGAUCCUGAGCCUCGAGCAAGUGAAGCGGAAGCAACCCAAGUUUGGCAAGCGUCAUGUGGCCUUCAAGACAGACCUGAAGUGCUACAUUGGCUCCGAGACCGGGCCCGACGGCAAGACCAAGGUGCUUGGCGACAACGUGUGUGGCCGCCAAGUGUGGCGUCCCCAUGGUAAUCCUCUUAUCUGA